AUGGGACAGGAGAGAGACUCAGGAGAGAGACUCAGGAGCGAGCGUCAGUCUCAGGAGAGAGCGUCAGCCUCAGGAGAGAGCGUCAGUCUCAGGAGAGAGCGUCAGUCUCAGGAGAGAGCGUCAGUCUCAGGAGAGAGCGUCAGUCUCAGGAGAGAGCGUCAGUCUCAGGAGAGAGCGUCAGCCUCAGGAGAGAGCCUCAGUCUCAGGAGAGAGCGUCAGUCUCAGGAGAGAGCCUCAGUCUCAGGAGAGAGCCUCAGCCUCAGGAGAGAGCCUCAGUCUCAGGAGAGAGCGUCAGCCUCAGGAGAGAGCCUCAGUCUCAGGAGAGAGCCUCAGUCUCAGGAGAGAGCCUCAGUCUCAGGAGAGAGCCUCAGUCUCAGGAGCGAGCGUCAGUCUCAGGAGAGAGCGUCAGUCUCAGGAGCGAGCCUCAGUCUCAGGAGAGAGUCUCAGUCUCAGGAGAGAGCGUCAGUCUCAGGAGAGAGUCUCAGUCUCAGGAGAGAGCGUCAGCCUCAGGAGCGAGCGUCAGUCUCAGGAGAGAGCGUCAGUCUCAGGAGCGAGCCUCAGUCUCAGGAGAGAGUCUCAGUCUCAGGAGAGAGCGUCAGUCUCAGGAGAGAGUCUCAGCCUCAGGAGAGAGCCUCAGUCUCAGGAGCGAGCCUCAGUCUCAGGAGAGAGUCUCAGUCUCAGGAGAGAGCGUCAGUCUCAGGAGAGAGUCUCUGUCUCAGGAGAGAGUCUCAGUCUCAGGAGAGAGCGUCAGCCUCAGGAGCGAGCGUCAGUCUCAGGAGAGAGCGUCAGUCUCAGGAGAGAGCCUCAGUCUCAGGAGAGAGCCUCAGUCUCAGGAGAGAGCCUCAGUCUCAGGAGAGAGCCUCAGUCUCAGGAGAGAGCGUCAGUCUCAGGAGCGAGCCUCAGUCUCAGGAGAGAGUCUCAGUCUCAGGAGAGAGUCUCAGCCUCAGGAGAGAGUCUCAGUCUCAGGAGAGAGUCUCAGUCUCAGGAGAGAGUCUCAGCCUCAGGAGAGAGCCUCAGUCUCAGGAGAGAGCGUCAGUCUCAGGAGAGAGCCUCAGUCUCAGGAGAGAGCCUCAGUCUCAGGAGAGAGCCUCAGUCUCAGGAGAGAGCGUCAGCCUCAGGAGAGAGCCUCAGUCUCAGGAGAGAGCCCCAGUCUCAGGAGAGAGCGUCAGUCUGUGA